AUGGAGGACACGACCACCGCCAUCGCCCACGCCGGCGCUGUUGCCGUCAUAACUGGUGCUGCCUCGGGCAUCGGCCUAGCGGCAGCCAAGUAUCUCGCCGGGCGCCGGAUGAAGCUUGUCCUCGUCGACGUGUCUCCGCUCGACGAGGCGUCCGCCGCCGUAAAGGAGGAGGGCGCGUCCGACGUCCUGGCGAUCAAGUGCGACGUUAGCAACCUUGCCGACGUCGUCGCCCUCCGCGACAAGGUCCUUGACUACCACGGCGAAGUCAACCUCCUCCUCAACAACGCGGGCAUUUCGCGCCCAUGUCCCGCUAUCAGCCUAGACCGUGAUCUUAAGGAUUUGCAGGCGGGCUGGGCGAGCGUUAUCGGGACAAAUGGACAGGGGAUCAUUAACGUCGCGCAGGCUUUCGGCCCGUUCAUGGCCCUGCAGGAGAACGCGUCGGUCAUCAUCAACACGGGCUCGAAGCAGGGCCUCACGAACCCCCCCGGCAACGCGGGCUACAACGUCUCCAAGGCCAUGGUGCGGACGUUCACUGAGCAGCUCGCGUACCAACUUCGCAACUUGCCCGAGUGCGUGUGCACCGCACACCUCUUCGUUCCCGGUUGGGUCUUCACUGGGCUGACCGGCGGCGGUGGACUCAAGGUCAAGCCUAAUGGCGCGUGGACCGCCGAGCAGACCGUCGAGUUCAUGUUCGACAAGGUACUCAACGAGGGCGACUUCUACGUCAUUUGCCCGGACAACGAGACGCCCCCGGCGGUCGACCGCGCGCGCAUGCAGUGGGCAAUGGACGAUGUCAUCCUCGGCCGGCCUGCGCUCUCGCGCUGGAGCGACGAGUACGGCGCGCGGUUCGACGACUUUGUCAUGAGUAAGCAGGGGCUUAAUGCGCGCUCGCGUAGCCGCGGUCGUCACCUCGCACAGGUACCAGAGUCGCCAUAUCCCCCCGAGAACGCCGACUACCAGCCGAGCUCGGGCACCGUGUAG